AUGAGAAUUAAAAAGAAGAACACUAGCGGUAAUGCUAGAAAUUUCAUGACAAGAUCUCAAGCUGUCAGGAAACUGCAGGUUUCUUUGGCUGAUUUCAGAAGACUAUGUAUCUUCAAAGGGAUCUAUCCUAGAGAACCAAGGAAUAAGAAGAAGGCUAAUAAGGGAUCAACAGCUCCAACCACUUUUUACUAUGCAAAGGAUAUUCAGUAUCUGAUGCAUGAACCUGUGCUUGCCAAGUUCAGAGAGCACAAGACUUUUGCUAAGAAGCUGACCAAGGCGUUGGGCAAGGGUCAGGUGUCGUCAGCGAAGAAAUUGGAAGAGAAUAGAAGCAGUUAUAAGCUGGAUCACAUCAUUAAAGAGCGUUAUCCCAGCUUUCCCGACGCGGUUAGAGAUAUUGAUGAUGCGCUGAACAUGCUGUUCUUGUUUGCAAAUCUGCCAGCCACUGAUCAGGUAUCUUCUAGCAUUACCAGAGAGGCGCAGGCGAUCUGCAAUCAAUGGUUGGCCUUUGUUGCAAAGGAACGUUUAGUGAGGAAGGUGUUUGUCUCGAUCAAGGGUGUGUACUACCAGGCCGAUAUCCGAGGAGAAGAAGUCAGAUGGUUGGUUCCGUUCAAAUUUCCUGAGAACAUUCCAAGCGACAUUGAUUUCAGGAUCAUGCUUACUUUCUUGGAGUUUUACUCUACGCUAUUGCAUUUCGUUCUAUUCAAACUGUACACCGAUAGUGGAUUGGUCUACCCGCCUACUUUAGACACCGAAAAGGACAAGAUAAUAAGCGGGCUUUCCUCGUACAUACUAGAGUCGCAAGAGAAGAAAAACUCACUUGUGGCGGCUCAGGCUGAUUCUAAGUCGACCGCUGAGGCGAAGACCUUGGAUUCGGCCACACUGAAGUCAGCACUAGAUUUGGACAACGCCAACCAGGAGGAGGAAACAGAAGAAGCUGCCGACGACGGCGAAACCGUCGAGUCUGCAGAGUUAGAUGCAUUCCAAGAUAACAAUAAGAAUAAAGGGGACAUUUUGCAGCAGCCUGCCGAAUUCAAUUCACCAGUCUCUACAUUGUUUUCCAAUUUUGUGUUCUACGUUGGUAGAGAAGUUCCCAUGGAUAUUGUUGAGUUUCUCAUUCUCUCCUGCGGUGGUACUGCUAUUAGUGAGGCAUGUUUGGAUCAGCUCGAACAGAGCAAAGAUAUUGACCUUUCGAAAGUAACUCAUCAGCUCGUUGAUAGACCAGUGCUGAAGAGCAAGGUUCCUGGCAGAACGUAUAUUCAGCCUCAGUGGGUUUUCGACUGUAUUAACAAAGGUGAACUACUUCCCGCAAACAUUUACCUGCCAGGCGAAACUUUACCACCACAUUUGAGUCCAUGGGGUGACAGCGUUGGUUACAAUCCGGACGAAGAAGAUGAUGGUGAAGAGGAAGAAGAAGAAAGCGAGGGUGAGGAAGCUACUGAGGACCUGGCCAAUGAAGAACAAGCCGAAUUAGAACCAGAAGAGUCCGAAGAUGAGGAGCUUGCAGCCCAAAAGGAACUUGAACUGGAAGCACAGGGCAUCGCAUUCUCAGAAGCCGCAAAGGAAACUUCUAAGCCAAAGAGCAAGAAGAGGAAGAACGUUUCUGAGGAGGACGAGGAGAAGAAGUUGAAGAUGAUCAUGAUGAGCAACAAACAGCGUAAACUUUACAAAAAGAUGAAAUAUUCCAAUGAGAAGAAGGAAGAGAAAGUCAAUGAGCUGAAAAAGAAGAGGAAACAAAUAUCGAAGACCAAGGACAAAUUACAGAAGCUAGAGGAGAAAUGA